GAUGGGCCCCCCCCCCUCCCCCCCCGCCAAUGGAGAGGGGCUCCCGUGUCGGUAGGGUGGCCUUUCCCCGUGGGUUUGGGGACUGGUGCAUGCAAGGCGCUUUUUUUCCUGCACCACUGGAAAUAUUUCAUUAUCUCUGGAGGGCCCCCGAGAUUUACCUUGCUGUGUUUGUAGGAAGGCUUCCUCUCCUCCAUUAUUCACGGGAUAACCACCCCCACCCCCAAUCAUCAUCUUCUUUUACCCUCCAUCUGAACUUCAUUCCCAUUAGGGGACCUUGGCUUUCCUAAAACCUGCAUCAUUCCAAGGGGAGGCCUGGCCCUUUCUCUGUCUUCUGGAGUAACUUCCCCAAAGUGAUCCCCCCCCCUCACUCCACCCCCAGACAGAGCAGCCCUUCCUUCAUCUUGCAGAACUCAUCCACGCCAUCCUUUCAAAACUGUGGAGAACUCCCACAAUAUACUUGAAAGUUUCCCCAUUUCUUCAGCCUUGAUUUGAAAUUCUCAUCACUUCCUGAGAGAUCUGCUCGCUUACGCCGACCAAUAAUUUAUUUUGCAAACCCCCUCUUAUUUCCAUCUAAUUUCAUCUUACUAGAAAGGCAAUAGAUCCCAGUAUUCUGAAGUGCCCUUCCAAAAUCGAUUCCCAUUUGCUUGAUUCCCAGAGAACCCCCCUGAAUUUGAAUUUGGUCCUCUCACCAUUGCUGCUCUUACUAACCAUAUAUGUGCACAAGGCUCCCAGAAAUUAUCAUUUCUUUAUCAAAGAAGAGGCUGAACUUUCCCUUCAACUCAGGUAAGACCCCAUGAUUUGUAUGAGCUUGCAAAAGGAUAAUAAUACAUGGCCUAAAUUCGAGUUGCACAGUGAGAGAAAAUCGGAGUGCUCAUCUACUUUCUAUUAGAUACCUCUUAAAAAUCCUAAUCCCAGAGGUACCUCGUUGAAAAGAAACAAUAAUCUUCCCAGAUUAAUAAGUGAUCCUAUCUGAUCUUUUCACUUUUUGUUUAGAUACCUCAACCUUCCUCCCUCCCCCAAUUUAUUAGAUUUCUUCUGAAUUUUCCUUUUAAAAAAAACCUUGAGGAUGCUAAAUUUAGGAUGAUACUCUGGAGAAAGCCCCUAAACUUACCAUGAAAUAGUACCUGGUGUCUUCCCAAAUCUGAAAGAAGUGUUUUAGCUAAACUAAGGAUUUCAUAGAUAGAAUCAUCAUAAUUUCAACUAAAGAAUACCUAAUGUAGACAUCUGAGACCUGCGAAACUAUCUCCCACCGUGCCCAGAUCUGAGAUACCUCUACUGCCCAUUAGCGGCAACUCUAUAGGGCCUUCUAUAUUGAAAAGGAUCUCAGGAUACCUCCUCAAACAUUAGAACAUAAGGUAAAUUCUGGUGCUGAGGCUGUAGCACUGUUAGCAACACUCCCUGAUGAGAGAUUGUGGGAUCCCAUGAACCUUUGAACACUCAAAGUUGCAGAUAUUUCUUCAGUCUUUCAUACUUAUCCUCAAGAAUAGCUCUCCACCCCUGGAUGCCCACAAAGAUCCCCACAGUUCUUUCAUGCUGAAAGGACGCCUUGAAAUCAUCAUUCCACUUUUUUUGAUUCUGUACAAAAUCUAAGCAACUACCCCAGAAUCCAAAAUUGUUCUUUCUCUCUCUCCUUCUCUCUCACACACACCCUACUUUGUCCAAUGGCUUUUCAGGACCCCAACCAUCCCCUGCAAGCUCAGCUUUGUAGCAAUGUUUUUGGGGCACUGACGGGGUUAAUACAACCCCCGUUAGCAGCCGGACUAGGUGGGGGACAGAAGUAUUAUUGCAAUAAUGGGGUACAGAUAGCCUCCCCUCAGCAACAGCAGACAGCACCCGGCAAUGCGGUGAUGGUGGAACCGGAACCAGAUCGGCCCAUCGGUUAUGGUGCUUUUGGCGUGGUAUGGUCGGUGACAGAUCCCCGUGAUGGGUCACGAGUUGCACUCAAAAAGAUGCCCAACGUUUUCCAGAACUUGGUCUCUUGCAAACGGGUUUUCAGAGAGUUGAGGAUGCUGUGUUACUUCAAGCAUGACAAUGUUCUCUCAGCCUUGGACAUUCUCCAGCCUCCACAAAUCGACUGCUUUGAGGAGAUUUACGUCAUCACUGAGUUGAUGCAAAGUGACCUUCACAAAGUCAUUGUGUCUCCUCAGCCACUAAGCGCUGACCACAUCAAGGUUUUUCUUUAUCAGAUCCUCAGGGGGCUGAAAUAUUUGCACUCCGCUGGUGUUCUUCACCGGGAUAUCAAACCUGGGAACCUGCUGGUGAACAGUAACUGUGUUCUCAAGAUCUGUGACUUUGGCUUGGCCCGGGUGGAAGAACCAGAUGAGUCACAGCACAUGACUCAAGAGGUGGUAACCCAAUAUUACCGGGCCCCGGAGAUCCUGAUGGGUACCAGGCACUACGGGCGUCCAAUUGAUAUUUGGUCUGUGGGCUGCAUUUUUGCUGAACUCCUUGGCAGGCGUAUCCUCUUCCAGGCCCAGAGUCCCAUCCAGCAGCUGGACCUGAUCACAGAUCUCUUGGGGACGCCUCCUGUUGCCGCCCUCCAUUCGGCCUGCGAAGGGGCCCGUGCCCACAUCCUGCGUGGCAAUCACAAGCCACCGUCCUUGUCCGUCCUGUACAUGCUCUCAGGAGAAGCCACGCACGAGGCCGUCCAUUUGCUCUGCAGGAUGUUGGUCUUUGACCCGGCCAAGAGGAUCUCUGCCAGGGAUGCUCUCUCUCACCCCUACCUGGAUGAGGGGCGGCUGCGUUACCACACCUGUAUGUGCACCUGCUGCUUUUCCGUCUCCUCAGGCCGCGUCUACACGAGUGACUUUGAGCCCCGGGCUGAUCCCAAGUUUGAUGGCUCUUACGAGAAGAACCUCACCUCGGUCUGGCAGGUCAAAGAACUGGUGCACAGGUUCAUUUUGGACCAGCAGCGGGGGAAACGGGUCCCGCUCUGCAUCAAUCCCCAGUCAGCUGCCUUCAAAACCUUCAUCCGUUCCACAGCAUGGCACUCUUCCAAAGUGUCCAAAAAGGAAGAGAGAUGAAGGUGUUUGUUGAAAGAGGUGGAAGUAAAGUUAAGGAGAAAGGAAGAUGGAAUGAGAAGAAAGCAGAAUCAGCCGAUUUUCUUGCUUGGGAGACAUCGAAAGGGAGAGACGAAGAGAAGAAGAAGAAGAAAGAGCCACUCUUCUUAAUCCUGCACUCUUGAAUAUUUUGACUCAUGGACAUGGGGUGGGGGGGAAAUGACUGUCUUUUUUAUUAUUAAUAUUAUUUGUGAUCGGGCUGUUGGUAAGGGAUGUUUCAGUUUUGGUUUGUUUCUGUUUUGCAUUGAUGGAUGUCUUUUUUCUGUCCACCUUUUACUAUUCUGCACUGGAAACUCCUUUAGGUUGUAGGUCUCUUUGUGCAACCUUCGUCCUUGCCCAUAAAUCUGCACUGUUCCCUGACACCUAUAUUUUCCCCUUUCCUCACCAAGUUACCUGUCCCUCACACAGUUUUGUGAGCGAGGCUGCAUUGUGUCAGUUCCGAAGGGGUGGCGAUGCUGGAGUGAAUAUGUUUGCUUUCCUGAAUAUACCUGGGCCGUGUCUCCUCUAAAUCUUAUAAUCUUCCACCCUUUCCAUAUCCUUCCUCAUCCCUGAAGCCUUAGGAUCUGUUUGUGUUCUCUUUAUUACAUGGCUAUGUAUCUCCAUUACUUCAACAGUGGUAUCUUUUUUUGCUUAACCUAGAUUUGCAGAGAGGGCUUUGAACGUCAAAAUGUCUGCUAUACAAUUCCUGUCCUAGCCACCCAACAUGGCCACAGGUAAAGAUUAUGUGAGUUGUAGCAUAGAAUAUUUAGAGGGUCAGAGUACUGAUGUAAAAUUUCCAAAACUGUCCUUUUUUUCUGGAAAAAAAAUAGAGAAAAUAGGGGUGUUUUUUCUGGAGGAAA